UCCACAAAGCAGUCCCGUAAUACAUUAUUUUCUUUUGUUCAAAGAUGUAAAUACUGAAUGAAUGAUGAAUGCAUGACUAUCCAAAUUUCCUUUCUGCCCCAGUCUUUUUUACCCAACUCCAGUCAAAGGAGACUCCCAGUCUCAUUUUUCUGAGCAUUCUCAAAUUAAACCAUUUCUACUAUCCAGGUGGGGUGCAGGUUCGCGCCUUCCAGCGGGGAGGGCAGGGGAGAAGAGCUGAAGGACGGAUUCAGUGGAAAUUGCCAGCGAAGGAAAGGGAACUGAUGUGUUUAUUGCAAAUGAGAUGAAUGACCUGAAUCCAUCCCAGGAAGCUUAGAGCCAGUUCUGUAGAAGCUGAUUGGAUCAUAGAACGGGAAGUUGGUAGCAAUCUGCACCUGGGGAAUAUGGGCUGAGGCUCAGAUUCCACCACUGCUCCCCAAAAAAAUUUGCAAAAGGAGAGGGUUGGACUAGAUGUUCAUUUCUAGAGCUAAUCAUAUGCUCUAUGGGUACUUUGUUUCCUCUACCUAAGCAACACUCUUCCAUUUCCUCCAGUCUCCACACCUUCUAUCGAUCCCCGCGUGCUUCUACUCCACGUGGUUCUGUUUACAUCAGUUGCCUCGGAAACGAAGGCCGGGAGAGGCUCCAUCAGGUCACAAUAAUAAAGAGCCAAUGGACGCUCCGCGUCUCAGUGACGUAAGGACGUACGGGGCGUGGCCAGACAGUCCUGGAACGCUGUGCGGCGACUAUCCGCUGGGUGGCGCUGUUUUCCUGGGGAGGUCCUCAUUGGGGCCCCUGGCGGAGGUGGGGAGAGGCGGGCAGGAGCCAGGGCCAAGGAGCCCUCUGCGUCAGCUGUUGCUCACUGCGCCGCGCCAGUGUCAGGCGGGACUUACCCGCAGCUCCAUGCCUGUUUUCGGCUUGGCACAUCCACCCUUAGAGAACCAGCCCAUGCCGCUCCCAGCCCCCACUGAGCUUCGCCCUGAAGGAUGUCCCAGCUCUCCUCCACCCUGAAGCGCUACACAGAUUCAUCCCGCUACACAGACACCCCUUACUCAAAAUCCAGCUAUGGGUCCUACACCCCUUCCUCCUAUGGAACCAACUUGGCUGCGUCCUUCCUGGAGAAGGAGAAACUCAACUUCAAGCCCGCACACUCCUCUGGAUUUCUCAACACCCGUCCCCGGACAUAUGGCCCUGCCUCCAUCCUGGACUAUGACAGAGGCCGUCCUGUGCUGAGGCCUGAGGUCGGAGGUAUUAUUAAAAGAGGAGAGAGCCAAAGCAGGAUCACUGAGCGACCUUCUGGGAGUGGACUCAGUGGAGGCAGCAACCUGCCUUAUGGAAUGCCCAGUAGCUCUCUCAACUACUUGCCCAUAAACUCUCGGGACCAGGUAGUGCCCCUGACCCAGAAGAAGUCUAACAGUCACUCGGACCUGGCCCGAGAUUUCUCUGGCCUUCGGACCACGGACGGCUAUAGGAUGGACCCUGGGCCAGGGCGGAGCCCAAUGCUUGCCCGGACCCGAAAGGAGUUGUGUGCCCUACAGGGGCUGUACCAGGCAGCCAGUCGGUCAGAGUAUCUAUCGGACUACUUGGAGAACUAUGGGCGCAAGGGCAGUGCCAGCCAGGGGCCGGCCCCAGCCCCAAGGGCCCUGGAGGCCCUCAGCCCCACCUACAGACCUAAUGGCCGCUAUAGCCUGUGGGAAAAGGGCAAGGGCUCCAGCCCUUCCACCUCCCCAGGGCGGGAUAUUAUGACCUCCAAGAGCACCCAGGGUCUGGCUGGUCUUCGAAACCUUGGGAACACGUGCUUCAUGAACUCAAUCCUGCAGUGCCUGAGCAACACCCGGGAGCUGAGAGAUUAUUGCCUCCAAAGGCUCUACCUCCGUGACCUCAAUAGCAGCAGCCAUGCACAUACAGCCCUUAUGGAGGAAUUUGCAAAACUGAUCCAGACCAUAUGGACUUCUUCAGCUAAUGAUGUGGUGAGCCCAUCAGAAUUCAAGACCCAGAUCCAGAGAUUUGCACCCCGAUUCGUUGGCUAUAAUCAGCAGGAUGCUCAAGAGUUCCUUCGUUUUCUACUGGAUGGACUCCACAAUGAGGUGAACCGGGUCACAGUACGGCCUAAGUCCAACCCUGAGAACCUCGAUCACCUUCCUGAUGAGGAGAAAGGGAGACAAAUGUGGAGGAAAUAUCUGGAACGGGAAGACAGUCGAAUUGGGGAUCUCUUUGUUGGGCAGCUAAAGAGCUCCCUGACAUGUACCGAGUGUGGUUAUUGCUCUACCGUCUUUGAUCCCUUCUGGGACCUCUCCCUACCCAUUGCUAAGCGGGGCUAUCCUGAGGUGACUCUGAUGGACUGUAUGAGGCUCUUCACCAAAGAGGAUGUGCUUGAUGGAGAUGAGAAACCAACAUGCUGUCGCUGCCGAGCCAGAAAAAGGUGUAUAAAGAAAUUCUCCAUCCAGAAGUUCCCAAAGAUCUUGGUGCUCCAUCUAAAGCGAUUCUCGGAAUCCAGGAUACGAACCAGCAAACUCACAACAUUUGUGAACUUCCCACUGAGAGACCUGGACUUGAGAGAAUUUGCCUCAGAGAACACCAACCACGCUGUUUACAACCUGUAUGCUGUGUCCAAUCACUCUGGAACCACCAUGGGCGGCCACUACACUGCCUAUUGUCGGAGUCCAGUGACCGGAGAGUGGCACACUUUCAAUGACUCCAGCGUCACACCCAUGUCCUCCAGCCAAGUGCGAAGCAGUGAUGCCUAUUUGCUCUUUUACGAACUGGCCAGUCCACCCUCCCGUAUGUAGCGGCAGGGGCGCCACACCCCACCUCCCCCUCCCCGUGGCAGCCCCACAUCCCAAGUUUUUUUAAAAAGACAAAAAAAAAGAAACUGCAAAUGAAAGCGAAAGAGAGAGAGAGAGUAAUAAACUAAAAUAAAGCUGCCGAGCAGGAGUUUAUGCAGCCUGGUCAGAGCCCGGGAGACAGGAGCUAGGUGUUCCCGAGGCUCACCCAGGCCCGGCCGGGGGAAAGCUAGAGGACGAGGAGGAGACUGGAGUCAGCAAGGCGCUCCCUCGGCUUCUCGUGUUUUCUUUUUUCAAACCUGUGUUUUCCAUGUGUGUAAUAAAUAACAGCAGUUUGUGGGGAGAAGGCCCUCAUCCAUUUGCUGCUGUCUCCAGCCUCCGACCCCUCCUGAGGAAUCCACACCCUCGGGAGCCCGACUAGGAGGACCGCUGCCUGGACAUGCUGGCUCUGCAGAGAGGAGACCCCGUCCCCGCACGGCCAGCCGACAGAGUCACACGUGAGCCAAGAGGCCUCCUGACGCUGCUAACUCCAGAGGAACUGAUUGUGGGAUAUUUUUUUUUUUGAAACAAGCAGUUUUUGUUUUUAAAAGCCCAAUUUUCUUUUUUCUUUCUUUUUGUUUUUCAAACAACUACAAGCAGAGUUCUCAAACUGGAGAUGUUCUCCCAUAUGCCUCUUUGCAAGCUGGGGAGUUGUGUUGGUUUUAUUUUUUAACUUGUCAAGCACAACUUUUUCUAACAGUAGCCCCCCAGUGGUGCUAGGCAGGUAUGUCAGCAGGGCCCCGGGCACAGCCAUUAUAGAACUGGCAUCUAACAAGUUUAGGAUUUUUUUUUUUUUUUAAGCUUUUUGGAUGGAUCCUAGUUGCCUCUGAGAAUUGUGCCUUACAGCAUUUGGGGACUAGGGGAAUGCCCUUCCUAGAUAUAUCCCUCUGCCUUGUUUUCCCUUCCCCCAGUGCCAUGCUCAGACCUGCUGGGGGAAUAGGAGCUUCUUCCUUACACCACUGACUUAUUUCACAGUGCAGUGAGAUGAAGGAGGCAAGUCAGUAAGGAGAACUUAUCUCAUGACAAGGUGUCUGAUUCUCCCUACCCACUUCCUCCAAUUGAUCUAUGGUUCCACUCCCCAGGCAUUUAAAGGACAGUACAAACCACAUUUCCCUGGCACCAUUCCCAGUUUUUUCUUUUAAUUUAUUCCCUUCUUCCCUUUCUUGCCCCUUCUCCCCUCAGAGCUUCUCAGACAUAGGCCCCUUGGACUGAGUUUCUCAGGGACACUGCCCCUUUAGCUCCUUUGGCAUCAGUCUUUAGUACCAUCCCUAGAGCUACAGCCAUGAGUGCUUUGGGACAUGCUGCCUCAACCCUUAGUGUUUCUCCCCCCCCCCCCAAGGGCCUGGUUCUGCCCUUAGGUAGAUGGACACAACUCCACUGGGUCUCUGGAAAGGAAGAUUAUUCAGCCCCAAGGAACUGAGCUCCGUAGGUUCCCUCCCCCCACCAGCAGACCCAGGAUCAACUUGUGCUCCUCAGAUUGAGGCACUCCAGUGCAUUAAGGGGAGAACCCUAUAGGUUUAGCUGGCCUGACCCCUUCUUCAGGGGAGACCUGUAAACCUGAGCCAAGGGGCUGGUGUACACUUGCUUACCGUGUAAGCAAGAGUAAGAGAGAAUGUCUAAUGUACAGUGGAACCUUGUACAGAAUAAAUUUUAGCUUUGAGAAAAAAUACUAGCCUUUUUUAUGAGUCAACUGUUGACUUGGGGGAGGGCUAAUGUGUCCAGCCAGAGUCUAGGUGACCAACCAAGCCUACCUUGGGUAUCAGAUAUUCUGCCCUUAGUGAAGUAUAUUGGGCAAUCAGUCAUUGCACAUUCUAGAAUCUCAGGACUAGAAAAGGUCUCCCAGGUUAUCUAAUCUAACCCCUCCUCAAUAGGAACUGGUCUUCCAGCCUCCACUUAUAAACCUCAGGGUUGAAUAUAUUUCCUAAGGUAACACAUCCCAUUGUUAGCUCAAAUUAUCAAAGAGGUCUUUAAAUCUGGCUUCCCAUGGCCUUCUGCUCUUUGGCCCUGUUCUCUGACAACAUGCUAGGACCUCAGUUUCCUCACCUGAAAUAAGGUGAGGCUUGAUCAGAUCUUUUCAGCCCUUUCAAUGUCCAAAGUUCUAUGACUCUAAUCUCUCUUUAAUAAGCAACCUAACCUUUACCCUUCUGAGCAGUCUAUUUGAAAGACCACCCAUUGGUAACAAAAGUCACUUUAUUUAAAUCAAGAAUCCCAUGCCUACAAGAUUGCAAAACCCUUCUCGCUACGUAAUUAUCAACAUUUCUGUUGGGACAAAGUAAAACCGUGGCCCUAUGUAGUAGUGGCAGUCUUUUUUUUUCUUUCAGCUUUAUGUAAUAUAACUUUGCCUCUUGAGUCCUUUUA